CUAAAAAAAGGGGUAGGUGGGGAUGUGUAUAGUAGGUACUUACUUUAUUAUUUCUAAAAAAUAGCAUCUGGUUUAAAACGACAUAUCACUUUUCUGUUCUUAUUUGUUUUGGUGCGUGUGUACGUGUACUAAUCAGAUGUUGACAAUAUUAUCAAGAACAAUUCUGAUAAACAGCAAAUAAAUAGGGUUCAAUCUUCGACUGGGUCAUGGCUGAGACGAGUGAAGCGAAAGCAAGUACAUCGCCUCCGGGAGGAGAUGCAGGUGGUGAAGAAGAUAAGCGUGAUGAACGGAUGUUAGAAUGCAACAUUUGCUUGGACACUGCCAGGGAUGCUGUCGUGAGCAUGUGUGGUCACCUCUUUUGCUGGCCAUGCCUACACCAGUGGCUAGAGACAAGACCAAGCCGGCAAGUGUGUCCAGUGUGCAAAGCUGCCAUCAGCAGAGAUAAAGUCAUUCCACUCUAUGGAAGAGGUAACACAAAACAGGAGGAUCCAAGGAACAAAGUGCCACCGCGCCCCGCCGGACAGCGCACGGAGCCGGAGAACACCAGCGCGUUCCCCGGGUUCAGCUUUGGCGAUGGGUUCCACAUGUCAUUUGGAAUUGGCGCCUUCCCUUUCGGCGUGUUCACCUCCACCUUCAACUUCGGUGAUUCCCGCCCCAGUGCUGCGCCGCGCGGCACGGCGCAGUACGACGAGGAGCAGUUCCUGUCCAAAAUAUUCCUGUGGGUUGCGAUCCUGUUCGUGCUGUGGCUGGUGUUCGCAUGACGGCCGCGCCUGCUGCAAGCCGGAGUUCAUCGACCCACGCCAAGGGUAUCACCUCCUACAAUGUACACCCUCCUUCCUUCUUAAUCAUUUGUAUACAAUGGCGGGCAUAAUAAGACAUUACUUUUUUGAUCGUAAGGUGUAAUAUUAUAUGUAAAUGUUUGUUUCAAUAACCUUGUCACGUUGCUUUCAAUUGUUCAGGUAAUUCCUAAAUCAUGCUGUCUCAUGAUCAUAUAUAUCAAGUGAAAUCAAACAGGCGCCAUUGAGCAUUGUGCAUUUUGAAGUUCAAGAAUCAUGACAUAAGCACCUGUGGUCGUUGAUUUUAUUAAACAAGUUAUUCUAAGCCAGAAUUCAGAAUCACGCUAUGAAUUUCAAUUCUCAGGGUUUUACGAGUAUUUGUACUGAGUUCUAUCACUUACAUCUGCUAUCAUUAUAAAUCUCCUUGAUAUCAUUUUGCUAUAUCUGUAAGAAAGAACUUAAAUAUUUUUGACAAUUUUUCAUUUCUAUCUUCCAGGUCCUUCCCCUGGAGUUCAAGGACUGUAAGGAACCACACUCUCAUGACAGCAAUGGCUUCACACUCCAGGAGGAUUCUUCGUUCUUACCAGUCCUUUAAAUUAUUUCUGCAUCUUUUGGAUUUAUACUUAAAAUAUUUUUUAUUCUAUCCCUACAUUUGUCAUUAAAAUAUCCGUCUUUAGCAUCUGUGCACAUUGUUUUGAUGGUAUGUUUUAUCAUGUCAAGAAUUUCAUCACUGAUCUGCUUAUUGGCUUUCCACUGAUUUCUCCGGCUUUUGAUCGUCUGGCCUAAGCUAGUCUAGUCCGCUUGUAGAUUCCUCAAUUUGGCAAUGACAAACUCUGUCUUGGUCCGAGGGUUUCGUAAUGUCAGUGUAAUGAAUAGAUUAUGAUCAGAGCCCACAUCUUUGUUUGGAUAAAUUUGGACAUCCUUGAAAGGAUUUCGAAACCUUAUAUUAACAUGGAAGACAGAUCUGGUUUCUGACAAUUUUACGUUAACAGCCUGUAUUUGUCAAAAUGAAGUCUUCUACUUGAAACAGCGGCUUUUGGCCACCCAAACCAAAUUUUCCAGAUAAAAGUGCUCGUUUCAUAGUUAUUUUCGUGAUCAAAUUGCCCAUUUUUCAAUUGCCAAUUGUGAUAUUGACUUCAUCUUUCUUCAUGAGUGCAUAUUGUUUGUUCUUAACAUCGACAUUGAACAAUGAUUCAAUUGCAGCAGAAUCACUAUCCAAAAUGGCUCUUUAGGUCACAACAAAUUGUUCAGUGCAACACACGCCCCACUUUAACUGUGAUAUCGUGUGUCAUCUAAUUCGCGGUAGUAUGUACUGCAUACAUACUACCGCAAUUAAAUUCACUCUUAUUUUUUUUAUGGAAUAGGAGGACAAACGAGCGUACGGGUCACGUGGUGUUAAGUGAUCACCGCCGCCCACAUUCUCUUGCAACACCAGAGGAAUCACAAGAGCGUUGCCGGCCUUUAAGGAAGGUGUACGCGCUUUUUUUGGAGGUACCCAUGUCGUAUCGUCCCGGAAACACCGCACAAGGAAGCUCAUUCCACAGCUUUGUUACUACGAAGCAAGAGUGAGAAGGAAGCUCCUUGAAAACCGCACUGUGGAGGACCGUCACACAUCCAGAUGGUGGGGAUGAUAUACUAACUUGUGGCGUGUCGUGCGAAGAAUGACGUUAUAUGACAGAAUUUUGUUUGUCUUGUACUUCGCUCCUUAUAACGGAAUACGGAUUACAAUGAUUUUGGUUAUCUGUGACUAAUCAAGCGUCGUUUGUAUGUUAGCGAAUCCUUAAGUUAUUCGAUAGUCAGAAUUCAUUCAUGAUAGUGGUUGUAUGGAAUCUUGAAUAGAAACUGCUGUUUUCUUCAGAUUAACAUGUUUUUUAUUGGGCUAUUUACAGUCUUUAAUACAGUUAAAUAUAAAAGUUGAAAGUUGCUUCUUAAAAUAUAAUCGUUUAGGGUGUACAUGAGUUAAUGAGAGGAUACGGUACGCACGUGUUACUGGUGUUGAAAACGCGGCAUUCAGUUUGUGUCGUAGGUACUAAUAAUUACAUUUUUUUGUUGAAGAGCAACAACUAUGUAGUGCUUAUGGUAAUAUUAAAACAACUUGUGUGUAACAUAUUUAUUUUAAUUUAUGAUUCAAUUAUUAUUCUUAUUACUUAUACCUUUAUUUAUAUUCAUAUUGUUCUAUAUUUCAAAAUUUUAUUUACUCAGCUUAGUUUUACCCUUCAUGCCAAUCGGUGUUAAGAGAUAUAGGAAAACUAUUUAUGGAUAUAUAGAAUCACGUAUGAAACGAUAUAGUUGGGUUCGUUAUAGUCUCGAUAAUUUUGAGAUGUGUGGUGAAGAUUGAACUAACGUCUUCUAUAGGUGUCUUAUUAAUGCUGUACGUACAAUCGACAAAAUUUAAUCGUGACCCACAUAAGUCAUUUUCCUACAGUCAUAAUAAACAAACUGGCGUCAACAUACGUUUUCGAAGUAACUUUAAUCAUAUUAUCAGAUACUGACGGUCAAUCAAUUGUCAUAGUACAUUAUUUUUCGUGAAAACGAUUGUAAUGACUAAAUUUUGUCGAUGGUACAUUAACAUCUAGGUUUUAAUAUUAUUUAUAAUUAUUAUAGCUUGGGCCCUUAAAUAGGUAACGAUAUAUAACUAUUGUAUAUAGAAAUAAUUACAUGAUUUUGACUCGGAAUUAGGUUUUAAAGAUACUUCUGUAAAAAGCUGUACAAUUUAUUCGGCGUCAUAUAAGGCCGUGUAGUGCGUUUCGGAUCGCUCUUUGUCUAUUCAGUAAACAACAUCAAAGGCGCUAUUUGGUCGAUAUCAUGUAUUAAAAUAAAUUUUUGUACAGCUUAAAUUGAAAUGUUAUUUAAUAUAUUGUAAUAUAAAUUGUUGCAUUUUCUGGUGGUUGAAACGAUGGACGUCCAAGUAUAGAAUGAAGUUCCAUCACAUCUCUUUUCAAGGCGGAAAUCGGACAGCCAGGAUCAUGGCUCUGGACUCACUCACUCUUGCGAUAUAUUGUAUGUGAACGAGUGAACUACAGAUCGCGUGCCUGCGAUCAGUGGCGUCAUCCGAUUCCCCUCUUGUGAACAUUCUGAGCUGCGGAACGCUGGACGAUGUAGAUUUAUAUUUUGCUGUAUAAUAAGUGUAUAUAAUAUGCAACUGUUAAUUGUAAAUUAUUGUAAUAAAGUUUAAUGAUAA